AUGGGUAGAGUAAUUCGUGUGACUAUACUCUUCUGUGUCCGGUGUAUAUUAUGUGUUCUUUAUCCUGCGUCGCAGGCGCAGCGUCGACCUACUGCUAGCGAUCUACUCAAGGCCUACGAUGCCCUCAGCUGUGGAAGGACUAGAAGUAGGGUACCUCCGCCUUCAAGCCCCGUCUUCACAGUGCCCGCCUGCCCUCCCCGCCUGCGCCUCUCGGCCGUGGCCCGGGUGCUGGUGCGAGCCGACGCGCCGCCCCUGCCGCCGUCGCCGCCGCCCCGCCCCGCCCCAGUGUACUGUCGCUGCGCUGAAGGUGUGCUAAAGCUGUGCUGGUGUCUUUGGCAGGUCCGUGGUAGGAAGCGGGGUGGCGGCAAGGCCCGGGACGGGGCGCUCAGCUGGACAGGCAUAGACCACGGCAACCCAGAGUGCUUCUCCGACGAGCCUUCCCUUUUGGAACACAUUCCCAAGCACAAGGAGUCCAAACAUCUGAAGACGCACAUCUGUCAAUACUGCGGCAAGUCGUACACCCAGGAGACGUACCUCACGAAGCACAUGCAGAAGCACGCGGAACGAACAGACAAGCGGCCGCCGAUCACGGGCAUCGGCCUCAACAACCGCAACGUGGCGUUGGGGGCGGGUGGCGGCGGUCCCAACAACCCGGGCGGCAACCCGGCCGCCGACCCGCACGCGUACUGGCCCAAGGUGUCCCCGGACACCGCCACGUCGCUCGUGGAGGCCAUGAACCAGCACGAGGUGUGCCUGCAGCAGGGCGGCCAAGCCCUGGGCGAGCACCACUUGGCGGCGUCGCACCACCGCUCUUUACUGGAGCACCACAACCGCCAGAUGAACGGCGGCGGCGACGGCAGCGGCGAGGAAUGGCCGGAUGUUUCUGUCUUUCUCCUUGGAUUUUCAAAUAGGGAAGGCCAUGCGGCGGCUUUUGUCUUGCGGCUGCGGGCGGCAAGUUCGGGCCCGUUCGGACAGCAGGGAGGUGGCGGGGACGGGGGCGCUGACCGGGCGGGCUCGCACGCUCGCGUUCGCUGUUUGCCACGCGCUACGGGGCGAACGGACCGCGUUUGUUCGUCUGGCGCGCCGCCGCCAGCCGCCCCGCCGGCGGCCCGCGAUGUAGCGGCUUAUCAGAAAGAGCAAAGUCGGGCGGCUCGUUAUCGUUGCCGAGACGGGCCAAGUCAAAAAAAGGAGUUCGCCGCCCGCCGGCCGCGCUGCCGCCGCCGCCCCGCCGCCCCGCGCGCCGCGCCCCGCCGCGCCGCCGCCGCCGGCCGCGCCGCCGCCGCCGCCGCCGUCGGCGUCUACCCGGAAUGCAGCGCCCUGCCGCGCGGGGGGAAGAGGCGCGUCGCCCUGUUGACUAGACAGCCACGAGGGCCUCCGCGAGCAGGCCGCCGCGCCGCAACCUCACCGCACCGCGCCGUGGAGAGGCCGACCAAAAUCUCUGACCCGAGCCGGCACUGGGCGACAAGAAACGACCCACAUUUUGUUGAUGUUUGUUUUCACACACUAGCAAUAUAUCGAACUUCUGAUAACGUAGGUAAAAAGGAAAGAAGUGAAACGAUGCUUGCAGGUCUCGGUUUUGCCCUUUGGCAACUGGUGGAUGGUAAUGAUGAAAGCUAUUUGAAAUCAUUUCCAGCUUAG